UAGGCCCAAUGAAAACUAUUCAUUCUACUUGAAUAGACAUUUUUUCUUAUAGGAUAAUAGGAUACAAAUUGAGCCUCUCCAAAGAGUCUCCAGUGGUGGGUAUAAACCCUCGUGUGCCAGAGAGGCUGCUGCUUGGAGACGCUCGCUCUGACGCAGACGACGCGCUCGUGUGCCAGGGCUAAUCACACACCUGCCGAGGACUCCCAACAAAAAAAAAAUAAAGAAUGUAAACAAAAAGCUUGCCAUCUCUCAUAAAAGAUGGACGUGUCAGCAAGUCGUGUGAGAAACGCCGAGAACAAACGGGGGGGACUCCGUCUCCAAAAGGUCUCCCCUGAACUUGGCGGAACAGCCUAUUAAAGGCUUACUUAAUUACUCUAAUGACACUGGACAGGCCUUUAAAACUCGGACCAUGAGAGUUAAGAUCGCUUGCUGGGGAUUUGUAAACAGGCGAUCGUGUGAGAAACGCGAGUUUGGAGAUGGAAGAAAAGAGGGUUUUUGUUUUCAGUGCGCUCACUUCUUAUUUCCCGCCUGGGUUUGUUACUAUGCAAAUAAUAUUCCAAAAGUAAUCACGUGUCUUUUCAAACAGCCACGUGGAUUAACAAAAGCAAAGUUUGCCCCCCUGCUAGCCCAUGGCUUUAGAUUUUUUUACUAUUUCUUUAACUGAUCCUAAACGCACACAUUUUACCCAACAAAUGCAUGGCUCUAUAAUCCCUCCAAUGGAAUAAUUUACAACCAUGAAUGCCAGAGUCCCUUUGGAUGAUCCCCUUUAUAAGGACCAUCUUUUCCAUCCUCAAACCUCAGUUCUGCUUCAUCUACUGCCAGAGCAACACUACUUUCCAGCUGAACUGAUUUUUCAAGAAGAUUUGUCAGACAUUCGUCGAUGGCAUCUAAAAUGAAAGACAGAAAGAGAACUCCCAUCUCUCACAAAGUCAUUGAGAAACGAAGAAGGGACCGCAUCAAUCGCUGCCUUAAUGAAUUAGGAAAAACUGUACCAAUGGCUCUGGCAAAACAGAACUCUGGAAAACUGGAAAAAGCUGAAAUCUUGGAAAUGACAGUCCAGUACCUGAGAGCUCUCCACUCAGCGGAUUUCCCCCGAGGAAGAGAAAAAGGUGAACUGCUGGCUGAGUUUGCAAACUACUUCCACUACGGAUACCACGAGUGCAUGAAGAACCUGGUGCACUACCUGACCACAGAGGACAGGGCUGAAACCAAAGACAUCAAGUACGCGCGGAUCCUCGCCUUCUUGCAGUCUAAAUCUCGUGUGAUCACCGAGCCUGUGUUCGGCUCUGUGGGCUGCUCGAUGCCAGAACCGUGUGACUACCUCAGCCAGCUGCACUCCUCCUCUCCGGAGCACCAAAGCCACCACAGUCCGUCUGACUCCCUGUUCCAGCAGAGUCCACCUGGACACUUCUCCUGGCACGGCUCGACCCGCAGCCCGACCAUCUCCUACCCAUCAACCAUGCCUCCUCUCUCUGCGCACACACACACACAGCAGCAGCACGGUGGAUACCUGUCACAGGUGCAGGGACUCGAUCACCACUACUUCAACUUCAUCGGUCACACGCACGCCAACACGUUUAGUUUGCACAGUGCGCAACACGCAAUGUAAAUAGUUGUUGCUAUUUGAUUUUAUUUAUAUAUUUUUGUGAAUGAUGGAAAUAGAUCUUGUACAGUACAUCUUGUGAAUAAAUAUUUCUGACUAAAAAUUCAGCCUGUUUUGUGAUCAUUUAUACUAUCGUUUAUCUGACGCACUAGUGUAAAAAUAUCUCCAAAAUAACAAGAAAUUACAAUUCUGUUACCUUCCUGGAGGAAUAAAGUACCGACAAAAGCAAAAUCAAGGAUGAGAAGAGAGAGAGAGAGAGAGAGAGAGAGAGA